AUGGCACAUUCAAAUGAUGAGAUUUCUCAACCGACAGAACGGACUUCACUUUUGAGGGGAAAUGGCCACAACAACAAAAGCAAGUCAAGCUCCGUCACAUCAAAGGAUUCAAUAGAUGCAGAUAAAAGCCGCAGCAGUAAUGUCAACGGUAAUAUUUCUAAGAAUGGAGAUGAUGAUGCAGUUGAUGAGGAGAUGGGCGAGGCAGAGGAAGACGAUAAUCCCUUGUUUGUUGGGAACCCGGACAUCAAUAUGAAGUUACUGUUUCCUGCUGUGGCUUUGGGUAUAUUGCUAAGUGCAGCCGACCAAACAAUCAUUGUCAGCUCAUACGGCAAGAUUGGAAGUGAUCUCCAGGCUUUAAACAACACAAGUUGGAUUGCAACUGCAUACUUUCUUACACUCACAAGCUUCCAACCACUUUAUGGCAAGCUGAGUGAUAUAUUCGGCCGAAAACCAUGUCUACUCUUCGCCUACUCUAUCUUCGGGCUAGGAUGUCUCUUCUGUGGGCUUGCAAGAAACCUCAAUGAGCUCGUUGCAGCUAGGGCUUUUGCAGGAAUUGGAGGUGGUGGCAUGACAACAGUCGUCAGCAUCCUCUUCAGCGAUAUUAUCCCCCUCCGGGAAAGAGGCACAUGGCAAGGCUACAUGAACAUAGUCUACGCAUUCGGAGCAUCGCUGGGUGCACCAUUGGGAGGUAUUCUUUCUGAUAGUAUAGGAUGGCGCUGGGCAUUCAUCAUUCAGUUCCCACUCACCCUGCUCGCCUCUCUCAUCGUCUCCCUUGUCCUCCACCUACCACCAGUCGACUCAACACACUGGUUGUCAAAACUCCGACGCAUAGAUUUCCUCGGGGCUUUCACCCUAAUCCUCGCUAUAUCUUCCCUUCUGAUCGGAUUGGACCGCGGCAGCAACACCUCCUGGACCUCUCCCCUUACUCUCACCACCCUCCUCCUCUCCAUCCCCCUCUUCGGCUCAUUUCUCUACACUGAGAUGCGUAUCGCAUCCCACCCCUUCGCACCAGGCCACAUAAUCUUCACACCCACCCUCCUCGCCUCCUACCUGUGCAACUUCUUCACUCUGGCCGCUCACAUGGGCAUCAUAUUCUACAUCCCACUGUACCUACAAGGCGUGGACGGAAUGUCCGCCACCUCCGCCGGCCUCCGCUUCAUCCCCGUAAUGAUCUGCUCCGUAACAGGUAGUCUCGGCGCCGGCAAAAUCAUGCAAUCCACCGGCCACUACUACACGCUGACCCUCCUCAGCCUACUAAUCAGCAUCCUCGGCGGCCUGAUCAUCUUCCUCUGCUCGGGCCUCCUAACCAGCUCCUCAAGCUAUCUAAUCCUCGGGUUAGGACUAUCCGCCCUCGGCGGCGGCUCCACUAUAACGACUACCCUGAUCAACGUGAUAGCCAGCGCGGACGCGAAAGACCAGGCGAUCGCUACGGCGUGCACGUAUCUGUUUCGGUCGCUGGGGAGCGUGGUUGGGGUUAGUGUUGCGGCGACGGUGGUGCAGCAGAGGUUGAGGGUGGGGUUGAGGAGGGAGCUGGAGAGUGGGGAGGAGGCGGAGAGGAUUGUGGAGGGGGUGAGGAGGAGUUUGGGGUUUAUUGAGGGGUUGGAGCCCGGGGUUAGGAAGGUGGUGAGGCUUUGUUAUCAGGCGGCUACGAAUAGUGCUUUUGCGGUGAGUUUGGGGGUUAUUUGUUUGGCAUUGGUGUGUGCUUGUUUUAUUAGGGAGAAGAGGUUGAGUAAAUGA